GCACUACGUCUUUCGGUCAUUGUUCAGCGUGAGCUAGCUAAGGUGCUAGUUAAAUGCUAGCCAAGAUUACAAAGACGUUAACUUCUCAUGCAUGCAUAUAAGACCGUUUGAAUUUCUAAAUAACAUUUGAGAGCUUGUCAAAUCAACAAUGAGCAAGAGGAAAGCGCCGCAGGAAUCCCUAAAUGAAGGAAUAACAGAUUUUCUUGUCGAGCUGGCCAAUUACGAGAAAAACGUCAACAGGGCAAUACACAAGUACAAUGCUUACAGGAAAGCAGCAUCUACCAUCUCCAAGUACCCUAACAAAAUCAAAAGUGGUGAAGAAGCCAAGAAACUGGAUGGUGUUGGAGCUAAAAUAGCAGAAAAGAUUGAUGAGUUCUUACAAACUGGCAAACUACGGAAACUGGAAAAGAUUCGAAAUGAUGACACCAGCUCUUCCAUCAAUUUCCUCACCAGAGUUACUGGGAUUGGCCCUGCUGCCGCCAGGAAGUUUUUUGAAGAGGGAGUGAAGACGUUAGAAGAUCUGAAAAAGAUUGAGCACAAGCUAAACCAUCAUCAACAGAUUGGACUCAAGUACUUUGAGGAAUUUGAGAAAAGGAUUCCCCGAGCUGAAAUGGAAAAGAUGGAGACUCUUAUCCUUGGAGAGUUGAAGGAGAUCGAUACAGAUUAUAUUGGAACAAUCUGUGGAAGCUACAGGAGAGGUGCUGCAUCAAGUGGUGAUAUUGAUAUUUUGCUGACCCAUCCAAACUACACCUCUGAGACUGAGAAGCAGCCCAAGCUCCUCCAUGCAGUGGUCGAACAUUUGGAGUCCAUUGGGUUUGUGACCGACACUCUGUCCAAAGGAGACACCAAGUUCAUGGGAGUCUGCCAGCUGCAGCAGAGUGAUGAAGAUGAGGACGAAUACCUUCACAGGCGUAUUGAUAUCAGGUUAAUUCCCAAGGACCAGUACUACUGUGGAGUUCUAUAUUUCACAGGAAGUGAUAUCUUCAAUAAAAACAUGAGAGCUCAUGCUCUGGAGAAGGGCUUCACUCUAAAUGAGUACACCAUACGACCACUUGGGGUCACUGGCGUGGCAGGGGAGCCUCUGUUGGUGGAUAGUGAGAGAGACAUCUUUGAAUACAUCCACUACAAAUACAGAGAGCCAAAGGAGCGCAGCGAGUGAAGCAAAGGACAGCUUACAGUUACAUCUGUAUUUGAAGCUACAAACAAGACCUGACACUAAAAUGUGUGUAAAAUGUGUGUUAGUGUGUCACUCAAAAGAAAACAACUGUGAAAGUCAUUUUAAUUACUUGUUUUGGACAUCUUUUUCUAUCUUAAGUUGAAAUCAUCCCAAUUAAUGACAUUUUAACCUAACAAAAUUGUUAUUUUGUUUUUAACUUAGGUUUAAUUCUACAUGUUCAUUUAUCUUUGUGAAGGCUUGGGCUACAUUUUUAAGCAAGUUUGUAAAUCAUGCUUAAGAGUUUUAUUUAUUUUUUAUUUUUUUUUACCACACUUAGUUUUUAAUAUACCAAAAGGGAUUAUAACAUAUCCUGAGAGGAGCAAUCUUAAUGUGAACUGGCAUCUGUUACAGUUGUUGUUCGUCAGUGGUGGAAUGUAACUAAUUUUGAGGUACUUGUACUUUUACUUGGGUAUUUCCAUUUUAUGCUACUUUUCUACUCCACUACAUUUUGGAGGGAAAUAUUGUAUUUUUUACUCCACUACAUUUAUUUGACAUUAGGUACUAGUUACUUUGCAGAUUAUGAUUAUUAAUGCAAAAUAUAAAUCGACUAAUAAAUUAUUAUGGUUUAUUAUGGAUUAAGCCACCCUACAUAAAGUAGCUGAAUUAGCUCCACCUUUACCAGCUGCAACAUUAGUGAUGCUUACUCAUUAAUGCAUCACUAAUUAUAAUCCAGUGCUAUACAUUAUUCUGAAAUGAGCCAUUCUGCAUAAUGAGUACUUUCACUUUAAGUAUAUUUUGAUGCCAUUACUUACAUAUUUUUUGAAUGCAGGAUUUUUACUUGUAAUGGAGUAUUUUUACACCUUUACCUAAAGGUCCAGUGUGUAACAUUUGGGAGGAGCUGUUGGCAGAAAUAGAAUAUAAUAUUUGUUUGUUUUAAUUAGUGUAUAAUCACCUGAAAGUAAGAAACAUGUUUUCAUUACUUUAGAAUGAGCCGUUUUUAUCUACAGAGGGCGCGGGUCCCCUUCCACGGAGGUCACCAUGUUUCUACAGUAGCGCAGAACGGACAAACCAAUCACUGGCUCUAGAUAGGGCCAUUCGCGAUUUUCGCGGCCACCGUAGUUUCUCCUACACGCUUGGAAGGGGAGGGUGAUGUGAGCGCCUUUCAAAUGGUUGCAAACUGCAAUUUCACCGCUAGAUGCCACUAAAUCCUACAUACUGAACCUUUUAAGUAAAAGAUCUGAGUACCUCUUCCACCAUUGUUCGUCCAUCAUCAUGGCAUUUUGACAGUAGUCCAAAGGUGUUUUAAGGUAUAGUUGUGAGUUUUUUUGUGAGUUUUUAAACCAGUAGAAUUCCUCCUCCAGUUCUGGCAAACUAAUUAAAAAGAAGAAAUACAAUGAUGCAAACAGCAGUUGUGGUUAAUGGGCAGAGUUUCUGGUUAUGGACACUAAUUUGGUUCAAAAUCAUCAUGGAUUUAUUGAGACAUAAGAAUAUAAAUUUUCUCAAUUAUUGAUUGUUGUGUGAAUAUGGCUGUUACACUGGUAGACUUGAUGAAUCUAUUGUUUGUGGUUGUGUCAAAUUGAUUACGUGUGUGUUAGGUCAGGACAUUAUUGUAUCUUCAGUGCUUUUCAGGGGGCAUUUUAAAAGCCAUUUAUAAAACUUAUGAAGUUAACCAGGUAACAAAUACUGUACCUUGGUGAUACAUCUUUUAAUCUCUAAAGCAAAACUUGAAUAUUAGGAUUGGGACGUUAGUUUUGUAUGUGGAUGAUUGCAAACAUUUCAGAAAAUAUUUAAGGAAAUUGGAUGGGAAACAAUGGAGUUGUGUGGGUUUAGUCGGGCUGUUAACACUCAACUGUUAACUUUGAGUAUGUAUGAGUGAAAUAAAUGGGUAAAAAAUA